CAUGUUUUCUUAUUCGGAAAGAUUUAUGAAUAAAAUGUCCCUCAAUGACUGCACAAAUAUUAGAACACAUAUGAGUGACGUAGUGUCGCUGCCAACCCCGUCCCGGCAUUCUGCAACAGCAGGCCUGGGGGCAAACACCUCACGUGAUCCUCGAGGUUCGAACAUCUUGUGCAGGUUUGCAGGGUACCUCAUUAUUGUCCACGACGUGGAUUUAAACACCAUUUCUGAAGAUCUCGCCGGCCAUUUUGCUCCAUUUUGGGACUUUGGCCAGUCGCCGUCGCUGCCGGCAGCGCCCGUGUGCUCGCGAAGUCGCAAAAGGAACCGCCUGGAGCCUGUGGUGGACUUCCCGCACGCAGAGCGCUCCAGCAUGGUGACAGCGCUGGAGGUCCACCCGCAGGGCCGCAGUGCGUUGAGCCUGAGCUGGAGCGAGGAGAAGGAGUGGGUGUGCGUGCACGACGUGCAGGACAGAGCAGCUGCGUUGCCCAAAGGGUCAUCGUCCGCUGCACGGAGGAAGCCUUCAAAGGAACACUGCGUGGUUGCCCCACCCUUCAUGAGCAAUAGGGCCUCAGUUGGCAUCGUGGAGCCAACAAACUCUCCUGUCUCCAAAUGCAAGCCCUGAGUGCAAAUUGUAUAGAUGGUAUUAUACGAGGUGUGCAUAAAGUAAAUUUCGUGCACUGAAAGAAAGACUGGAGAAGAGAAUUUGUUUAACGUAAAAUGCCAAUCGGACUUUUCAGAAUUGCUUUCGCGUUGUGUUGUGAUGAAAAGUUUCUUGUAAGUGAACAAAUGUCUUCGGGAAUAUAUUUCAGUUUGGCAUAAUGUCAAAGUUUACAGCAAGUUUUGGACACCCUGCGUGGGUUUUGCAAAGAGAAAUAAACCAACGAUUGCCUCUGGGGCAUUCAGAUACCUUUUGCAAGAGACUAUAUUCUUCCAUUCGCGAAAUAGACAAUUCAUAUAAUAGUAAUCUUGGUGCUGUUAUUAGUUUAGACUUUUCCCCUGACGCUUCUCUUCUAGUGGCAGGGUCUAUUAAAAACAGUAUUCUGAUAUAUGAUACUCUCCGUCGGAAGCAGAUUGGAGCGUUGAUCACUCCUCAGAUGGGAUGCCUUUUUACUAUCAAGUUUCUUGAUAACUGGACCUUCGCCUCAGGCAGUGAAGAUCGAUCAGUAACCUUGUGGGACACUCGGAAUUUGAAAAAAUGGGCUCGAAGAUUGGUUGGACAUUCCUCCUCGGUGAGAAAUAUUGAAUUUUCUUCCAAAAAUGACGUACUUGUAACAACUGGAGAUGAUGGGACGGUUCUCGUCUGGAAUCUAAAGAAUACAACAGAAGGCGUGACUACGUACUCUAAAUUUGGAUCCGACGAUUUCUGGGGUAUCCGGCUGAAUCCAGACGCAUCAAAAAUGAUAAUUUCGUCAACGGGAGGGUAUCUUAUUAUUGUGCACGAUUUGGAUUUAAACACCGUUGCUGCAGACCUCGCUGGCUUUUAUCCGGGCAUAGGGCCUGUGUGGGACUUGGAGGAGUUCCCACCGUCAGCUUCGCUUCCGAGAGAGAACGUGUUUUCCCGAAGCCGCAAAAGGAACCGUGCGGAGGCGGUGUUGGACUUCCCGCAUCUAGACGUGUUCCACAACGUGUCUGCGCUGGAGAUCCACCCCCAGGGCUGCAGCGCGCUCAGCCUGUGCAUGAGCAUCGAGAAGAAGAUGGAAUGGGUGUGCGUGCACGACAUCCGGGACAAGGAGUUGCCCGCUUGCGGAGAUGCUUCGCCUGAGGGGUCGGGGAGCGAUUCGUCGCCUCAUGCCUCAAGGGAGAUGCAUUCGAACGAGAAAGGCCACGAAUACAUUCCCAGGUUAACCCAUUAUUUUCAAAAACACGCUAGCAUAAGUGAUAUAUGUAUAUUUAAGGAAUUAAGCUUUUCUCCCGAUGGGAGAUUAAUUUGUUACCCUUCAGGCAAUGAUAUUAAAUUACAUAUUUUUUCACCUCGCUGUUCAGAACAGUUCAUGUCUUGGCCAGGUGGAGAGCCCAUUCCCCUGCAUGAAAUCGCUACUUUCAAUUGUGAUACUUUCGUGUAUUCUACCCGUUUUUCACCUCGUCACUGUUUGUUGGUAGCAGGAUCCGAGGGCGAUAGUAUUAAUUGGUACCAGCCUGUGUUAUGAUUUCUCUUUCGAAUCUCUAAGAGGAAAUGCAAAAAUUGCCAUCUUGGAUGCUUUCCAAAACUGCAUUCCCAAAAAGUUUUUUCAAAUGUUGGUUUGUUGUACCUAAUUAACCUAAAUCUUUAAUUUUACAUAUUAUAAUGGUCAUUAUUAUUGCUAUUUAAGUCGUUUCCUAAAAUAUCUUCUUAAUUUUUUAUUCCAAGCAUGGGCAUUUAGUGGGAUUAUUUCUAUGUUGCCGUCUACGAACAAUUUUCUGCAAUAUUUAGUAAACUUCACUAUUUGCUUAAUUUACAAUUACGUGUCUAAUGUAUUAUCAACAACUGAAUACAUUUAUAAAACGUUUUCCUACUUCAUUACUUAUCAAAUUCCCCGGGUAAUGAGACUCCUAUGCGAAGCCACGAUAGAGGUUACUGAUUUCUAUGUGAUGGUAGUCAUGUUUAAGGGCCACCCCAUUAAAUUUUACCCCCCCCC